CAAAACCUCGAAGAAGAAGACAACAGAGACCAUAUUAUCUACACCACGCGUAACCCACCUUCACAACGCAGGUGUCGAAUUCCUCCGUCUCUCGUCGGGAGGCGUAUCCGGGGGUGUUUCCAUGGCUGGGUGGUUCUCUCCAACCAUCCACACAAUGACAAGUGGUCUCUUUGGAACCCUGUGAAUUCAAGGAUCAUACGCCUCCCCCGCUUGGUUCCAAAAAAAGUAGAGGGAGGUUUGAAGAUGAUCCAAGAAUGUUGUUUGUCAUCCCCUCCCGAUGAUCAUGGUUUGAUUUUCAUGUUAACAACUUUAAACGGCACCAUUAUCUUUUGUCGGCUAGACUGUAAAAGUAAGCGUUUAAAAUGGAUGGAAAUUUCAUACGCUGAACAGUUGGAGAGCAUAACGGGCUGUGAUCGUUUAUUGUGCAGCCUAACUUGUUGCAACGGUAAAGUAUAUGCCUUUAGUACUGGGCUUAGAAAGAAUUUUAUCAUACACAUUGAUAUUGUGGUUAAGGGUGCAGAAAUUGUGAUAAGUCUAUUGCCGUAUCUAACGGCCCCAACUUCUUACAUGAAUGGUUGUUCAACUUCCAUUCCUUUUCUUCACGGAUGUUGUAAUGAAUUGUUCUUUGUUAAACUAUGUCUUCGUGCGGUAGACCAUGUGGCAAAAGAAACAGUUGGUGGCGUGUGCGUGUGGAAACUAGACAUGACUAAUCUAAGAUGGGACGAAAUGAAAGAUCUUCAAGAUGAUGCAUUCUUUUUGGAUCUUGCUCAUGGUAACUCUGCGUUUUACAGCCCUGCAAUUGCCUCGGGGUUAGGGGGUUAUGUACACUUUCUUGAUAGAUCCGGAAAAGUGAUACACUCAUACGACUUCAAGAAUAAAACCAUAGCCUUAUCGUCCAUGCCAACAAGCCGUGCAUCAUUGUCGGAUCAUAGGUUACAAGGUGAUUGCGAAGAAAUCAAGUCUCAACAAGAAGAGCACAAAGAAUACGAGGUGGUGGUGAGGGAUGACGAGGUUGGUGGUAAUAGCACGAGCAUUGAAGAGAAUAUGGAGUCACGCCUUCUCAACAUUCCGUUUGAUGUUUUGAAGACGAUUAUGGAGUUUUGUGUCGGCGUAGAAUACCUAAACUUUCGUGCUACGUGCAAGCAGUGUCACUAAGCAGCAC